AUGGCGUAUACUUCCUCCGGCAACGCUGGUCCCAGCAUCGAGGACCUUCUCUCCUCAUACUCGAUCCUCACCUCCCUAGCUCCAUGGCUCUCGACCCUUGACCUCUAUCAUCUCAGUCUGACAAGCAAGUCAGCUUACGAGUACAUCCAAUCGUCACCAGUGGUCUUCAAGUCACUCAGUCGGCAUUGCCUCUGCGAUGGUCGCGGCCUCGCUAUCCGUCAAGCCUAUGCAAGUCCCUAUCACAGAAACCGUAUGGCGGGCCAGUCAACGCUGAGCCCUCAUCUUGCAGGCGACGAAGAGAUCGAAGUACGACUAUACAACAUCGACUGCGAUGAAGCAGGUGCUUUGCCGUGUUUGAAAUGCGGUAUCAACAUCUGUGAAGAAUGCAGAUGUUAUCCGCGUGCAGCUCCACCAAGUGCAUAUCCGAAUCGCCGACCGCACUUGAGAGGGAGUUAUGAGCUUGAUAACAUCAUGUGCUUGUGUGAGGAGUGUGACGCGAAGACUGAACAAGAGGUGACGGGAAGGUUCCUGGACGAGAGAUGCGAUUGUGAUGUCUAUACGCGGUGGAUCUGCGUCAGAUGUGAAGAGGAGGAGCGCAAGACGUCGCGGAAGUACUUUGCAGAACGAACGGAGAUGGAGUGGAACUGGAUUGUGAGGGAGGAUAUGGACUACGGAGAUGAUUUUGAGCCCUCAAAGACGCUCCAUGAUCAUGCGUUUGAACGAGCAGUAUGA